AUGUGCCAGGCACCGAGCUUCCUAGCGGUGUAUCUAACGGCACCAAGGGGACAAACCCAGCCGACGGGGUUCGCGGCCACCGACAACAGUGGUGCCACGUCUGCACCGAUUGCCGGCGGACGUCGCGCAUCUGCUUCGAUCGCCGUAUCACUGCCCGAGCAACUCUCCAUCAGCAAGGGCAGCGGCGGUGCCUGGAGCUCUUUGGAGACAGGCAGCACUGGGUUGCGUAAACUGCAAGCGGAUGAGUGCCCCCCGUGUGAAACCAUGUUCGGGAAGCUCAACGGAGCGCAGCAACACGUCGAGCUUCAACUUCGCGGGGAGCCCAAGUCCGGCACGAGCUUCAUGUUCGAGUGGGCCGUGAAUGCUUUGAUGGUGACUUGUGAGGAACUGGGGAGGUUGUACGGGGAGGGCACGUGCACCUUCAGGUGGAGAGGCUUUUUCUCCCGAAGAAAGCAGAAGCCAGUUUCCCCCGAGACAGCUUUGGUCGACAUGAAAGAAGUCUUCUUUGUCUUUAAACCGAAUCGGCAGCACGGUCGGAGUUCUGCUGGAGGUCCCUCUGCUUCCCCUUGUCCCUGCUCGACCGUUGACAAGGUAUCAAUCAUGGUGUCCAGCUUGUUCAAGCACGACCUGCCAGUGCCCCCAAGCUGCCCUUGGCAGCACGUGGACAACGUCACGCCUGAGAAUAAGGGUUGCACCACCGUGAACGGCAGGAGGGUGGGGAACUACACGGACACGGUGGAAUGCCUCCAGCAGCACCCCUGCCGUAUCGUAGACGAUCGCAUCCAGAUGCUGAUAUUGCGGGACCCCCGGGCUGUGGCUGUCAGCUCGUUCUUCCACCUCAAGACGCACCACCACCCCUUCUGGAAACACUUGACCGACGAGAGCGUGGACAGCUUCGUCUUGAGGAUGCUGCCGACCAUCUGCCAUUUCAUUCACUUGAGAUACCUGGUUCUUCACGAGAAACUCGGCGGCAAGACGGUUGAGUUCACGUACGACGAGAGCUUAGCUGAUCCGUUGCAGUGGCACCAGCGAUGGCUGUCUUCCGUAGGACUUACUCCACCGCCGGGCGUGGUUCUCCAGGCGACAAACACCUCGCUAAGACGAGAGUACGGGUUUGCGGGUAAGGGGGUUGACAAGCACCCGGGCGGAAAAGAGGCCACGGAAAAACGGACGUGGGAGGACGAGAUCAGCCAUGAUGUCGCGGAACAAUUAGAGGGCAUUUGUCGCGAGUGGCUUCCCCCGGUCCUGUUGGAGAAGUUCGGGAUUGGUGCGCCGCCUUGAACGGCCAGCAGAUAAUAAGUGUUGUGCGGGGUGUACUUAGGGUUGACGGGGCGGUAUCCUUUGGUAUUGUGGAUUGUGUUGUCUUGUGUUUUUUGUUUGUCCCAUUUCCGUACAAGUGCUUGGCUACUCUGCUGCGUGGUUCUUUUCGAAAUUUGUGGGCCGGCCCUUUCGGAGAAUCCUGUGUUUUCCCUGAGGUCCUGGUCCAUUGUCUAUUACACGGUGCGCUGUGUAGCAUUCGCGUUGUUGUUGUGAGUGUUGAUAUUGUAGUCCAUGCAUGGGAAGUGGGAAGGCGCACUGGGGGGGGGGGGAGGGGGGAGCAGUGUCGUGUUGUUUUUACUACAGCCAUUAUCUUUCCAAACGAAGCACCUUCGUUUUUCGCCCUUUUAGAAGUGUUGUCUACCCGAAUGGAGUUUGGGGUCCCCGAGGAUUGAGGGCGGCGGAACAGGCGCCUUUUCCGUGCUACUGUAUUGUUAGCACGACCGGGGCAAGAUUUGCUCCGAAUAUGUCGACCUCGAUCUCCUUGCCUUGCGCAUUGUGGUUCGACGUCGAUAUUGUAGCCUUUUUUAUGAAUUGCCCGAGAACAGCGACUUUCAUGGAUUGAUGGGUUGGCCCAUGAGGGCAAGUAGUGCGGAGCAGCUAAGAAAAGCGUUCGAGUAUUUGUGUGAGUGAGAAGCGUUGCUGUAAGGUGUCAUUACACGGUGAUUGCGUUUCAAUUGAUGUGGGAGCGUUCUUGUUGAUGUUUUUUUUCCUUCCAGGCGGUUGUGUUGGUGUUGAUAUAACUUGAAGGAGUAGCUGGACCACCUUCCACUGUUUGUUCCUUUGAGCACGGGGCGCACCUGGCCGAAAA